ACAUUUGAAUGUUAUCCUGGUAGACUGGUUUGAUAUAAAGCAUAGCAGUUUAAAAAAUUGCUUAUGAAGGAAAGCUGUCAGGAGCUUGGGAGCAUCUGGCUAAGGAUGAGUUUUUUCUCAACAAUGAUACUGUCAGUGUUUUAGGUUCUCAGAAUGAGGAAAGAGCAAAAAUGAAUAGACGAAAACAAAUAGCAGUGACUUUCAAAGGACCAAAGAGUCUGACAGGCAUCUGAAGAGGGACACAGUGUAUAGGUGUUUAUAUGAUAAUAUUGGCACUUAUCUUUCUCAAGAGACAAUGGAGUGCACCUCUGGGGGUGAAGUCAAACCAUUAGAGAAUCACAGUGCCUGUUGCAACAUAUAUGAAAUGAAGUAAAGCUGGCAAUUGUCAGUUGUUUUAUCAACUGAUGAGCGCCGCAACCCCAGAGUUGGUCACGACUGGACCUAAUGGUCAGGGGUCCCUAUACAGUGGAACCUAUGAACGCUUCAGGUAGUAGAUGCUCCUGGUUGCGAACUGUGCUCUGGGAUGUGAGUGGAAGUCUCAUGAGCAGGAGGCCCCAUUAGAGAAAGCGCGCCUCAUAUUAAUGGGUUUCAGGUUAAGAACGGACCUCCGGAACGAAUUAAGUUCGUAACCGGAGGUACCACUGUACUUAGGAGUAUGAGUUCUGAGAACUGUAAACAAUAAAUGAAGGUUAAGUAAAUCCAUCAAAAAAUAAAGCUAUAUCUACUAGCUCUAGGCUGUGACAUAAUAAUUUCUGUAUUUUAUCAUAGUAGGCUGGUAUGUGUAUCUUUGAAUAAAUAUAAAACCUGUCAGAUCCCACACUUACCUUUCAGAUUUGUUUAUCCACUUGCCCUAUUUUAUGAUGCUUGGUGUUAGUGCUGCAUUUGGUAAAUUGUACUUUGUUUGAAGGAUCCUUUUUGUUGUUGUUGAGGCACAUUUCUGACCUGCAUGAUGCUUGGUUCUGGUUUGCUGGUUCCAUUUGGUUUUGUGGUUCUGUUAAUAGCCUCUCUGGCACUCUUUUUGUUGGAUUGUUAAAUUUGUUUUUCUGACCCUGUUUUUAAAUUUCAAUAUUGGCUGCUUUGAAUGGUUUGUGACACAGUUGUACUCCCACUUACCUGGUUAGAAGUUCCACCCGAUUGAAUAGGACUGACCUCAGAAGAGACGAGUAUGAAACAUCGUUGUAUCUUCCUAGUCUACAGGAGGCUUCUCUAUUUCAGAGGUAGAAACGUUUUUUUCCAGCCCAAGGGCUACAUUAACUAUUGGGCAACCUUUCAGAGAACACAUGCCGUUGGUGGGCAGGGCCAUAUCAAUGGAUACAAUUGGCUUGCUUCUGCAUUCAUACCACCCUUUCUGUCCUCCAGCCAGGAAUUACAGACUUCAGGGACUCUUUAGCCAGGCAAAAACAUUUCAGGAGGAUGUGAAACAGGGUUAGUAAGAGGUGUAGUCUGGGAGAGGGUGUAUGACCUGGGGGGCAGGGGAAAUCUGGAUUGGCCCCCGGCCUGAGAUUCUUUGUUGUUGUUUAGUAGUUUAGUCAUGUCCGCCGACUCUUUGUGACCCCACGGACCAGAGCACGCCAGCACUCCUGUCUUCUACUGCCUCCCGCAGUUUGGUCAGACUCAUGUUGGCAGCUUCGAGAACACUGUCCAAGCAUCUUGUCCUCUGCUUCAGGAUCUGACCUUCCAGUGAGGACUCAGGGCUGAUUUCCUUCAGAAUGGAUAGGUCCGAUCUUCUUGCAGUCCAUGGGACUCUCAAUAGUCUCCUCCAGCACCAUAAUUCAAAAGCAUCAAUUCUUUGGCGAUCAGCCUUCUUUAUGGUCCAGCUCUCAUUCUUUACCUUUGCCCUAUUCUAUAAUAUAUGAAAGGGGGGAUGGAACAUUCACCUUACUCAUACAGAUUGUUUUAUUUGCUCUCAUUAUAUUUUUAAUAUUGCCCUUCCGGGGGGCUCAGAGCUGAGGUCAUGGUGCUCUACCUGAGCUAUGAGUUAAUAAAAUUACCAAUGAAUGUAGGUAUAAGCAUAAUUAACAGGCAAAUUGUGGGUGAACCUUGCUUGAAGUUGCCCACGCCAAAUAGCUAACUCUUUAAAAAUUGUUUAUUAUUUGGCUUCCCUCUACAUAAUUAUUAGGGCUAAAGUAGCUAUUGGAUUAAAUCUUCCCUCAGAUCUUCUCAGACUUGAUACAAGGUAAAGAUUUCCAAAUCCUAAUUACAAAUGGAAUGAUCUGUCCAUUUUGAUUCUCUUAGGAGUUUUUUCUUCUUCCAAUCUUCUGUUCAGUUCUCCGCACUUCUGCGGGAAUUUGCAUUUUAUAAAUCAUUAAAGUUCCGUUCUGAUCCAUAUGAAAUAUUUCAGAAUUUACACUUGGGCAAAAUGUCUAUUAGUUAGCAAACUUUCAAGAAAUCUUCAUCAGGCUGGACAUAAAGCAAAAAGGGGUGGGGGGAUGGAGGGAUGUUGUAGCCAGACAGUCUGGAUUUGGUCAUUGCUUUAAGAUGAAAGUGCAGGAGGAGAUGGCAAACUUAAUUGGAUUAGGCUAGGAGGUGCUAUGCUGGUUUCAGGUUGCAUCAAGGACUGCUGGGACAAAGAACUGCCGCAAUGGCUGAUCUCCUGUUUUUGAAAAUGUAAAUGCCAGAUGUCUCCCAAAUCUGUCUCAAGUCUUAAGCAAAACACACUUGUUAGAUAGUGAACAGGAAUAAAGAUGCUUUAAAAUAGGGAUCUUUUCAUUUGUUAGAUGUAUGUCUCUUUCAGUUUCCUUGGCUUAAAAUAUUGCCUUGGGCAGGAAAGAAUUCUGAAUGGCCGUCUUAAAGGAUGUCAUACUUUAUCCUCACAACAACCCAGUGAAGGGAGGAGGCCAGGCCAAGAUGUGCUGCUUUAGUGACCUUCAUGGAGUGGGUUUUCCAAGUCCAAAUCCAACAGCCUCUCCUACUUCCUUUUAGUAUACAUUUUCUGAGAGAAGGAGAGAGAAAAUACUGUGUGAGAAUUCCUGUGUGAUUUGGGCAAACAAUAGUUAGAAAUUGAUGUUUUCCAUUUGUGCAAUGGUUGGAUUUCUUAACAUAAUAAUAGCUUCUUGGUGGAAGUUAUGAAAAGCCCACACAGUACAAUGAAUCCAGAACCCUGAUUGAAUGUUGUGUUUAUUACUUGACUCCCGAGAGCUAUUUUUUAGCCACAGUCCUGCUGAAUGGUGAUCAUGGAUGCUGUGAGAUGGGUAGAUUACCGAAGGGCACAGCUGCAAGGGGUGGUGGAAUAUGAAAAGAACUUGAUGUUAACGUCUGCCGUCCGCCCCCAGCUCUUUUGUUCACGGCACUCCUUUUGAGUGACUGCCUCUUUAAAAAGUGUGUGCGUGCGUGGGAAGCCAAGGCAAGCUGCAAAGUGCUGAGGAAGCUUAGCUUUACUGUGAAGCCUGAGCCUGAGUGAAACCUAACUAGCUAGGCGAUAUGCAAUUCCUGAUUGACAGCAGGACUAGCAUUAUGCAAAUACUGCCAGAGAGAACAGCAGCUAGGGAGCCGUGAUCAGGGGCUCUGUUAGGGAUCUCUCUACACACGCCCGCUCCUAAAUCCCCCUGUUUGUUGUUUUCAUUUCUCCUUUUGCUGUGGUGGUUCGUCUUAACAAUCAAUAAAUGACCAAAAAAAAAAAAGUUGUUGCUUUCUUGGGCAUGAAUAAAUCCAAUCCUCUGUGCAGUUUCAGUUUCUUGUCAGCUCAAAGAGAUGUGCGUGAGCUUGUUAACUCAGGAUGAAUUGGGUAAUAUUUAGCAGGGUAAUGUGCUAAUCUUUAAACCUUUUAUGUUUUCAAUCCGGUGUAUGUAUGGGUCUCUUGACACAAAAGUGUGUGUUUUGCCUGCUUCUCGUCUCCUUCAAUCUGAAGCCUUAUGUAGGUCAGGCUUGGCUUAAGCAGAUUUCCUGAACCUGCGUCAGCUUAAGCUGAAGGAAUUUUAAUAAACCCUCCCUUGUAGGCGUGGGCCUAAAUGAGACAAGCCUAGUUAAGCCUGAUCUUUUUCUGUUUGUGAAAAAGAGCCGAGCAGAGCUAGGAUCUGCGUGGUGGUUUCAGGAACUGUUUCUUCAAGCUGGAGAGAACGAUGGUUGGGAAGGCCAGGUCCUCGAAUUUUACCUUGUCUGAAAAGCUCGAUUUGCUGAAACUUGUCAAGCCGUAUGUUAAGAUUCUCGAAGAGCACACCAACAAGCACUCAGUCAUAGUGGAGAAAAACAAAUGCUGGGACAUCAUAGCCGAUAACUACAAUGCCAUUGGAGCAGACCGCCCUCCUCGCACCGCGCAGGGCCUGCGCACCUUGUACAAGAGGCUCAAGGAAUACGCCAAGCAGGAGCUACUGCAGCAAAAAGAGAGCCUUUCUGAUUACAAAAGCUACAUCUCUGAACCGACCAAGAAAGUUGUGGAGAUGAUCCCCCAGAUUUCCAGCGUGUGCUUGAGGGAGAGGAGCAAUCUGCCAUGUGCUACACCGGAUAAAAAAAUAGUUGCUACUACCAGCUCACCACAGUCAUUGUUAGAGCACCAACCUGCUGCUAUCACAUUGGAGCUGGAUGAAGACGAGGAGGAUGUGAAGCCACCCGCAUCAUUGAUUGUAGAGUUACAAACACAGGAGAGCUUAGAGCAAAGAGAAGAAGAACAUUUGGUCCAUGCAAUGGAGAGAUCUCCUUCAACUUCCCUGUCUUCUGUGGAUAUAAGAAUGUUGUCUCCAUCUCCCAUCCACAGAAGAGAUGAAUUUUUCAGGCUGGAAACUGGAGAACGAUUUAGACCUGCAUGUGGGGGAUAUGAUCCCCAGAUGUUGCAAAUGUUGAAAGAAGAGCAUCACAUCAUUUUGGAAAAUCAAAGGAAAAUUGGGCUCUAUAUCCAAGAAAAAAGGGAUGGCUUGAAAAGAAGGCAGCAGCUGGAAGAAGAGCUAUUGAGAGCAAAAAUUAAAGUAGAAAAGUUAAAAGCGAUGCGACUACGUCGGGAUCUUCCUGAAUUCAACAAUCUUUGAAUAUUUAGCAAUUCUGCAUAAAAACCAGGGUUAUUUCACAAUUCUUUUUGAUCUAGAAAAGAAGUAUUUACCCACGUUUUGGGGGUAGGGGUAUGCAUGUUUUUUCCAUUUUGUUUCUCAUGCAAAUUUGCAAAAAAAAAUUAAAGCCAUUUUUCACUGGUCUUCCCAGGUUUUCUGAUUUAAAGUAGAACCAGAUCUAAGACUUUAAAAAAAAACACCUUUGAAAUCUUAUGACCACUUGACUGUUAGCAAAAGCAAAUGAUAACUUAUACAGCUGUUGUAAAAUAUGCUGAUCUUAUUCUGUUUCAUUUUUUUGGUGAAUCAGUUCUUAUCUAUACUCAUCUAUUUGUGAGUCAAUAAACAUAUGCAAAAUGGAGAAAAAUACUAUCUUUGUUUCCUCCUUUCAUAAAACUUGUGGAAAUGGCUGUAGUUAAAAUGAAGUAUUUUUCAUAGAAAGGAAUUGCUGGUGAGAUAUUUUCAUGUUGACCUGAACAAGGGUGAAUAUAAUGGUGGCAUUCGUACAUCACAAUAAACCAUAGGUAACGGAAUACUUUUGAGUGUGCACUGCAGAGGGCUCCUCCUUCACUCCUCUCCUCUAGACUGCAGAAGCAAGAAAUCAUGAUCUCUGGAUCAGUGUUACAUCUGAACUAGGGAUCUUCAUUCCACACACACCACACUGUUAAAGCAAGUUUUGUUCUUGGCUUACCUACUGUGGUUUGUUUUGAGCAAAAGAAGCUAUGAUUCCAGGUUUGCAUAUAAUGCAAGGGGUCGCAAUUAGUUGCUCCUACUGGGUAUAAAGGAGAAGUGAAGCAUGCACAAUAUUCAUGGGAACUAUGGUUUAUUGCAGCACUGCGGUGCUUCUAAUAGCUGAUCAGCAAAGCCUUUUGGCCUAGAAUAGAUGCAUCUUUACCUAUCCUGCCUCCCCUACCAGAGUCACAUAGGAUGUCAAGCGUAAGGGCAGUUGAGCAUGGCUUAGCUAAAAUAGCCACAAGGGCCAAAUGGGAAGUCCUAGCAGUCCUAAUUAGGCUUCCAGUCCAGAAGUUCCUUGUCACUGGUUUAGGCCUUAUCCAUACUUGUCUGUUGCCCUGCUCUUCCAAUCAGAGGUUUGCACUUUAAUGCUCCGUGUCCAAGCGGUUUUAGGGUUUUUGCCCCAAGCUUUCCUCAUGGAAACCUGCUCUUUAAAGUUGAAUUGGAGCAAAAAUCAAUUUGGGUUUUCCACGAAUUGACGGUUCCUUUGACUGAGCUUUGAAGAGCAGGUUUUUGCAGGGAAAGCUCCAGGGGGCAGGGGAAAGGUGCUCAGACACUGAGUUUUAAAUUGCAGAAUGUGUCUGGAAUGAGCGGAGGAAAGGUAAGUGUGGACAAGCUCUUACUUAGGACAUGCAAACUGGGACAGAACAUAUAUAUAUAUAUAUAUAAGGGCAUGUGGGUGGCUGUCCACUUUUCUUCGAAACCGCUUGACUGAUUACGUUCAAAUUUUGACAUAACGUCCAAAG